AAGUGACCCGAAAAGUUUUCUAAAUAAUAAGUUAUAUAAUUUCUUUGUGUGGUAUAUAGGGCGUGUUUAUUCUAACAUCCUGAAGCUUCUCAAGAAACGUUUUUACCACUUGUCAUCGGAAAACAUCUUUAAUGACUUAUUUCAAGUAUGGUUAACUUAAGCGGGGGUGUAGUUUGGUGCUACAAGGAUAAUAAGUGGACUCCUCUCCAGUUAUCAUCGAUCAGACUCCAUGGAGUAUUGACUCAAGCCCACUGGGCGGCCAUAUCGGAGUUCCUUCGCAGAGUAGCCAAUAAAGAUUUGAUCCUGCAAGAUGACGGUUUCGCAGAGCUCACUGAUAAACACAAGGAACUCAUGCUCCAAAAUCUAGAUGUUAGGAACCUAAUUAUAGGCAGUGAAAAUGUGAUAAAAACGACUGAUGGUGCGGCCGAGCGAAAAGUCAGUCUCGGCCAAAUUCCAGAGGACAAAAUCGUAGAACAACCACGAAGGCCUUCGAUGCCAGAAUUGAGGUCCAUAGAUAGAAGCAAUUUAUUUAUUAAUAAUUUAUUUAAGUCCGAGACUGAUCAAAAGAAGACUGAUAGAUUGUCUAAGGAAAAUGACGAGAUCGUUCUGAGGCUGCUCAAAAAGUACUGCAAGUAUAGCAGAGAUGCGCUAGACGACGAUAUCGUCAGCGCCAUCGAGAAGAUUUCCGACGAGGAAGUCGUAUCGAAAUCGAGAAAAAUUAGCACCGCCGAAUUCGACCGAACUAGUCCGAAUCCGGCGCACGAGGAGGCUACUCCGCGAAGAAGGAAAAUGGGCUACGUACCUCGAGAGGAGAAAAUAUAUGAGAAUCUGAAUGAUUUUCACUUGGACUCUUUGGAGGAAGACAGAAACGAACACGUUCUCCGGUGGCUGAAGCAGCAAAACAAUUUGAUCACCUUCGACAACGUCCCUGCUAGAAGACACUCCACGGUUGAAAUCGCGAUAUCCUCGCCGACUGAUAGUCGAAAGAGUAGUUUAACCGAACGGAAGUCGUCUUCUUCUGGAUUCGAAUCGAGAAAAUCUAGCGUUACGACGCCCUCUACUCCGGAAAGUAGAAAGUCCUCGUGGUGUGAUAGUACAUUGAAUAGUAGGAAAAGCAGUGUCGGCUCCACUAGUAGUUGUUCGGAAUGUGAGGAAGGGGACGGUUUAACUCAGUGGCAGAAGUUUCUCAGGAAACAUCUCAGCACCAAAAACUCUGAAAGAAGAUUGAGGAAGCAGUGGCAGGCCUGGAGCAGGAAUAGGCGGAAGCUGAGCUCUUCCUCUGAUAGACAGUCCAGUGAUCUUGCCAGUCA